AGUUAGGGUUCUUCUUAGAGUCAUUGCUUCCAUGCUUUGUUCUCUUGAUUUCGAAUCAUAUCAUGGAAACCCAUUAGUCAUUGUUUCCAUUACGAAAUUGAAUCGAAAAGAAGUUUUUCCUUCUAAAUCUGGUUACAGCUUCGUAUACGUUCAAAGACUUGAAGAUGCCUCGCUACGAUGAUCGUUACAGCAGCAAUGACAGAUACGGCGGCGCACGUCUCUAUGUGGGACACCUCUCCUCUCGAACAAGGGAACGCGAUCUUGAACACCUCUUCAGCAAAUACGGAAGACUGGACGGAAGAGACUUUGAUGGAAGCCGUAUCACUGUCGAGUUUGCCAGAGGGACACCUCGUGGUUCCCGGGAGUUUUCCUCGAGCAGAGGCCCUCCUCCAGGGAGUGGUCGUUGCUUCAACUGUGGUCUUGAAGGUCACUGGGCUCGAGAUUGCUCUGCUGGUGACUGGAAGAACAAAUGUUAUCGAUGUGGAGAUAGGGGUCACAUCGAGAGGAACUGCAAGAACAGUCCUAAGAAGCUCAGGCGGGACGCAAGUUACUCAAGAUCGCCGGUUAGGUCUCGGUCUAGGUCUCCUCGUCGCAGAAGAAGAAGCCCCAGCAGAAGCUAUAGCCGCGACCGUAGCUACAGCCGCUCCAGGUCACCGGUUAGGAAGGAAAAGGAUCAUAGUCCUGAAGCUGCAAGAAGCAGAAGCCCUGAAACUGCAAGGAGCAGAAGCCCCGAAGCUGCAAGGAGCAGAAGCCCUGAACCAAUGGCGGACAACUCUCCUCCAUCCAAAGAUAGGAAGCGAAGUUCGACUCCUGAAGAAGGCAGCCCAAUGCGUGAGAAAUACUUGAAGAUGCCUCACUACGAUGAUCGUUACAGCAGCAAUGACCGAUACGGCGGCGCACGUCUCUAUGUGGGACACCUCUCCUCUCGAACAAGGGAACGAGAUCUUGAACACCUCUUCAGCAAAUACGGAAGAAUUCAAGAUUUGGACAUGAAACGAGACUAUGCCUUCAUUGAAUUCAGUGAUCCUAGAGAUGCUGAUGAUGCGAGGUACAGGUUGGACGGAAGAGACUUAAAUGGAAGCCGUAUCACUGUUGAGUUUGCGAGAGGGAUACCUCGUGGUUCCCGGGAGUUUUCCUCGAGCAGAAGCCCUCCCCCAGGGAGUGGUCGUUGCUUCAACUGUGGUCUUGAAGGUCACUGGGCUCGUCGAGAUUGCUCUGCUGGUGACUGGAAGAACAAAUGUUAUCGAUGUGGAGAUAGGGGUCACAUCGAGAGGAACUGCAAGAACAGUCCUAAGAAGCUCAGGUGGGACGCAAGUUACUCAAGAUCGCCGGUUAGGUCUCGGUCUAGGUCUCCUCGUCGCAGAAGAAGAAGCCCCAGCAGAAGCUAUAGCCGUGACCGUAGCUACAGCCGCUCCAGGUCACCGGUUUGUGUUGCUCUCCACCACCACCGCGAAUCGUUUCCACUCCCUCCAUUUACAUUCGCUGUGAAUACGACGCCGGCGGCGACAAUGGAUCUUCCCGGGGACCUGCUGAUGGAGGUGUUCGACCUUCUACCUCCCUCGACAGCCAGGAUCUGUCCCGAGGUGAGUUGGGCCUGGAGUCAGUCCUACCGGGUCCGCCAGACGUCGCUCACCCUUAGAGACACCCCGUUCAGCUACUUCCCGCUGAGGGCUCGGGGAUACUUCGGUUUGGUUAGCCUCACGCUUGACUUCAGUCUGUCAGACUAUCCGGAGCCUGGACAGACUGUCAGCACGGUUGGAGGAGGAAGGUUGGUUCAGCUCGUGACGGACCAGCAUCUGGCGACCGUAGCUGCAGAGUUCCCGAGGCUGGAGAGACUUGAGCUGCUAGGCUGUGAUUUGGUUACAGGUGCGGGGCUGACACAUCUGGUGCGACAGUGUGGACGUUUAGACUGCCUACGUCUUCGGGACUGUCGUCAUUUUGACGACACUGCAGUGAUAGGAGUUGUGAGAGCCUCGAGGAGCCUCCAGCAUCUGCAGAUCUCGUUUUGCGAAGUGAGUGCAGCAGGUCUCUUGACGCUUAGUACGCUGACGAGGGUCACAGCACGGGGUUGUCCGCGUUCAGAGGCGUUGGGUGUGUCUACCCACAGCAGAUUUGAGACAUAUUCUUCCCUCUCUCAUUUUUUCCAGUCGGAGAAUAGAAAAGUAGACUUUUAAAGCUAGUUACUUUAGGGGUAAAACUGAAUAUAGGGGUAAAAAAUGUUUGGAAAGUGAUUGUUGUUGUUGGAUGUGCACGUUUUGUAUCAUUUGGAAAAGAACUAUUUGAAUGAUCAUAUGAGGCA